GUUAAUUUUACAUUUGCAAGACGAUAUGGUUUUUACCUCUUCCAAUCAUAUUUUCCAACAUCGCUAACUGUAAUUAGUUCUUGGGUUGGAUUCUUUUUCGAUGUACGAUCAGUCUCUGCCAGGAUAACUUUGGGUGUAUCUUCAUUAUUAGCGCUAACUUUUCAAUUUGGCAACGUACUCAGGCACUUACCACGAGUUAGCUACAUCAAAUGUUUAGAUGUUUGGAUGAUAAUUUCCGUCAUUUUUAUAUUUUGCACAUUGGUGGAAUUAGCAAUUGUCUGUCAAUUCAACCGAUGGGAACGUGAAAGGCAAAUCGGAUCAAAAGUUCUUGGUCAGUGGCUUAACCAGAUAAGAAAGAAUCGUAACAGAGAUAUGAAAUUCGAUAAAAACAAUGUGGGAAUUUCAAAGAAGCAAACGUUAUCGUCAGUUAUUAAUUCAAAUAAAACAAAUAAUUCAACGAAACCAGUUUCCAACGCAGAUUUGGCAGGUUGUCGAGAUAAUCAGUCGUCUUUUGAACCCUCAAAAGAUAACCACUUCCCGAGAAAAGUAAUAAAAUUAUGA